AUGUCAAAAUCAACUUUAGCUAUCAUCGCCGCCGUCAGUGCCGCAACAGGAGCUGGCGUAACAGCAGCAAUGUACUCGACGCGCUCCGAAAAGAAAACCCAAGCCGUAGCAACCUCCACCACCAUAACCGCCACAAGCACAACCCCAAUCCCACCGCCCAUACCCGCGAUCAAACCCAUAUCCGUCCCCGCGACCCUCGCACCCGUCGACCCAGCAGGCCUCUUCCAAUACGGCUUCCCAGGUCCAGUAGCAGAUCUCGCAACUCGAACAGCCCUCGUAUCAUCCUACGACCGACGGCUUCGAAACCCUUCAUGGGUAGCAGAACACAUCACACCCGCCUCCCUCGCGCAAUCCGACGGGGAUCGCAAACACAGCGUCUUCGCAGAAGACCCCUCCGUGCCCGAAAAAUUCCGCGGGAAACUAAAAGACUAUUUCCGCUCCGGCUACGAUCGCGGACAUCAGGUGCCGGCCGCAGACGCGAAAUGGAGUCAGGAAGCCAUGAACGAUACGUUUUACCUGACGAACAUGUGUCCGCAGGUGGGCGAGGGCUUCAAUAGGGAUUACUGGGCGCAUUUCGAGGAUUUUUGUAGACGAUUGACGGUGAAGUAUCCGUCUGUACGAAUCGUCACUGGACCUUUAUAUCUCCCCAAAAAAGACGCAGUGGAUGGAAAAUGGCGCGUCUCCUACGAGGUCAUUGGCAAUCCGCCGAAUAUCGCCGUGCCCACCCAUUUCUACAAAGUAAUCUUUGCGGAAGACGGAACUACAACCGGCCAAGUCGCCGUAGGAGCAUUCGUGCUGCCAAAUGCGGUGAUACCUAAUAGCAAGCCCAUUACGGAUUUCGAGGUCCCUGUCGAGGCGGUAGAGAGAGCGAGUGGGCUGGAAUUUGCGACGAAGUUGCCGGUGCAGAGACGAAAGAGACUUUGUGCUGAUAUGGUGUGUGCGUUGGUUAUUAAGGAUUAUGCGGAUCGGCAGAAGGCGUUUGCGAAGGAGGGGAGGGUGGGAACGAGGUCGAGUCCGAGGAAUAAUCCUGUGGCUGCUUCAUAA